AUGAGAUAUGUGGACACCCUGAAACGCCCAGAAAAGCCUAUGGACGUUCGAGUUAUCGUGAUGAGCGCAAGCAGAUCUGGAACGCUCGCGACUUAUCGAGCUCUUAACAAAUUGGGGUUCGAAGCGUACCACAACCAUAAAAGCUUUGCUUAUGGAGCAUCCCACAUGAAGAUGUUCAAUGAAGCUCUUCAGGCUGCCUGGCACGAGAACACGGAAGCCUAUCAUCGACCCGAGUUCGAUAAGUGGUUCCAGGGAUAUGAUGCUCUGGUCGAAUUGCCGUCGUACUUUCCAGAAGAAAUCGUUCAAGCCUAUCCUGGUGCGAAAUAUAUUUUAGUCGAGCGUGAUCCAACUGCCUGGGCGCGCAGCGUUAUGAACAGCAUUGUCCGUAUGGCAGACGAUGUUAACAAGAUGCCCAUCAGAACACUCAAGCACUUCGAUGAAACCAUGAAGAUGCUUUGCAUCAAUGCACGCCUUAUUGGCGGACACUUCUCCGGCGGCCAUUUCACAAGGCAAGGCGGCCUUGAAGCUUGUGAGACAUGGGCAUUGACUGACAGAACCUCAACCGCGCGAAUCGAUAGUUUGCUGCGUGUCAAGAAGUUGGUACCAGCCGAACAGCUCCUGGUCCUCCGGCUCGAAGACGGACUCGAUUGGCAUUCUAUUUGCCCCUUUUUGCAACUACCUCUCCCACAAGAGCCGUGGCCGGAGAAGAAUACAUGUGAGCAAUUCCACACUUUGGUGCAGGAGCUCAUGACGCCACUGGUGAAGCGAGCUCUUGUAAGGGCGAUAACGUAUGCUCUUUUGUUGGCUGUGAUCGUCCUGUUUCACCGACUGGCCGAGCUGAGGACGCUUGUCGGAAACGUCAUUCAGUAG